AUGUAUGCAGUUGAGGAGCCAGCAAUUUUAAAUCCAUUUGAACAUCGACUGAGAAUUUCAUGGGCCCAGAAAAUACAGAUAGCUCUAAUGACAGUUACAAUAUUUCCCAUUCGAGCAUUCUUUCUCAUCCUAAUAACCACCAUGUUGUGCCUAGUUACUACCAUCGCUACUACUGGCCUUCCAAAAGUUUCUUCGGCUCCACUUAAAGGCUGGAGGAGAUCUAUGAGCCCUCUGGUUCGAUUUCUGGUGAGGGCAGGGUUCUUCAGCCUGGGUUACCACUACAUAAAGGUCAAAGGCCGUAGAAACAUCGACGUUGACAACAUUCCUGACAUCAUUGUGGCCGCUCCUCACACCUCAUUUCUGGAUGUGGUACUUAUAUUUUCAAUCCCUGAAUUGGCCUCAGGUGUCAGUAGGAUGGAGAACUUAUAUAUUCCCUUCAUUGGAAGGAUCUGUAGAUUUUUCACACCAAUCACAGUAGCUCGAACUGACCCUGAAUCGCGUUUAAAUACCAUCAAUGAAAUUAGGCAGAGAGUUCUGGCAAGGAUGAAACUUCGAAAUUUGUCUAAAGGUGACCUUGAGAUUCAGGAUGACGUCAUUCCUGUCAACUGGCCAGUUACGAUGGCUUUCCCAGAGGGCACUGCCACUAACGGGAAAUGCCUGAUCAGUUUCAAACCGGGAGCUUUUAUACCAGGCUUACCGGUUUUGCCUAUUAGCAUUCGACACCACAACCAGGCGGACAGCACUGUUUGGACAUGGGUUGGACCUGGAGUAUGGAAGGUAUUAUGGUUGACUAUGUGCCAGCUCCAUACCAGCUGCACCAUGACGAUAUUUCCGUUGUACUGGCCAUCCGAAGCUGAGAAGUCGAACCCGAAACUCUACGCCUCCAGUGUUAGAGAUAUCAUUGCAAGAAGCCUAAAAGUUCCCAUUGUUGAUUUUAACUUCUUCGACUGCAACUUCGUUGUCUACCUAUCGAAGUUGAACCUCCAGCCUAGGCCACAAGUCACCUCUCUAAACAGACUUUACAUGAAAAUGAAUUCUUGCAAAAGCAUUCAACCGUUCAUUGAGGAGGUAAUGAUGAUAACAAACCUGAGCGAGUACAUCUCUCCGGUGAGAAUGAACCAGAGGCAGUUCAAGCUCUACAUGAGAUUUGUCGACAACCUCGGCCAGGCUGCCAGCUUCACCAACAAAUACAUCAACAUCUACGAGAACGAAAGUGAUUCGUCACUUAAAGACGACUCGACUUCAACCGCCAACAGCGCUACUUCUGAUGCUGCUGUUGUUGCUCAAGGCGUCAAAUCUAAAUCAGUAACACAAUUGAAAUCGUCUAGUAAGAUUAUAACGGUGACUGAGAAGACACCAAGCGAGGCCCCGACACCUGAAGAGUCGGUUUCCAUUCUUUAUCCUGGAGGUAGCAAACUGCAAAUUAACCUCUUCAGAAUCCCACGUAACUCACAGCUGGCCAACAUGCCGAUCAACACUGACUCACUGACGCUGAUGACCGGCGGAGAAGAGGCCGGCUGUCUGCAGAGCAACUCCGAUGCUCUCUUCACUGUGCUGGCUAAACAACGUGAUGGACAGUUGAAAUUAGAUCUGAGAGAAUUCAUGUUGUUGUUCUGUUUAUGCUCACAGCCACAAGAAACCGACAGACUUGUUAAACUGGCUUUUAGGCUGUACGAUGAUAGAGGCGAGAGAUACCUGGCGAAGAAUGAAUUUAAAGAGGUCCUCGUAACCUUGUUUCAGUGCAGCGAUUUAGAAAUCCAACAACUUUGUGAUCUACUAUUUGAAAAUGGCGAUACAAUAACAUACGAAUACUUUGAAUCCUUCUGCCUAUCGAAAAAAUCCCUGAAUAAGUUAUCCUCGCCGGGACUUAGGGACACCAUGCGGAGGUUUUUCAUACCGAAAUCCGGACUACAAAAACUAAACAUGGGGGCCAUUCGGGAUGUGAAGAUGACGAAGAAGAUGAUGAAGUUGUUGAUGAUGAAGAAGAAGAAGAAUAUGAUGACGACGACACCGCUUUCGUCUUCGUCGUCGUCAUCUGGAUCUUAUAACAAACCGGCGAUCAAUUCAGGUGAUAUUGCUAAUUAUGGUAGUGUAGUACACUAGUGAAGUUUGUUUGUUUGUUUGUUUGUUUGUCUGUUUGUAUGUAUGUAUGUAU